AUGGUGCAUCCGGAUAACAUUGUCACCGAUGAGUUAGUAGUCACGGAAGAGGUCAAAGUAGAUCCUAAGCCUAAAGAGCCGAUUAACGAUGUUAAAACCAAAAUCGUUGCGGUGGAUGUUCAACCACAAUUUACAAAUGAUAUGACUUUCGCUUUUCGUGAACAUGUGCUAGAUUGGGUCCGAAAUGAAGCUAGUAAACUUGGAUUUGGUGUUGUGAUAGCAAGGUAUGACAAUGGAAGUAGUAGAAGGAAAGCUUUUGUUGUUUUGAAUUGCGAGAGGGGUGGGCAGUAUGCACGAACAAACCGGGUGUUAAAACACGAUGACACGAGCUCGAGAAAGUGUGUGUGUCCGUUUAAGUUGCGCGUAACUUGUAGGAUUGAUGGAUUGUGGUGUUUUAGGGUCAUUUGUGGACUUCAUAAUCAUGAAUUGGAAACUAACCUGCACGGCAUCCAAGUACGUGUCGGUUGUCUCGCGAAGAGAAGGAUGCUAUUUUGGGAUUAUCGAUAA